GCUUACAUUCCACCAGCAAAUUUAACUCCACGUAGACUCUUUAUUUUGAUUAAGUUGAACCUAACAUUCAAUAAAGAAGAAAAAGCAACAAAAGAACGAAAGAAAGAAUAGUCUACCUAUUUAUGCUUCUCCUUCUGCUCUUAUUAUUUUGUUCAAUGGAAACAGUGAACUCGCAUGAAAAUUAAGAUUUGCAGCCAGGCAAAAAUAAAAGAUGAAAUGAUUAAGUAGGCUUGGUCUUGCCAUUGAAUAGGUAAGGAGAGGCUCCAAUAUCAUGAAACUGUGGGCUUGUGUGCUACGAGAUGAACUUGCACAGUUCUCCUAAAAGUUUCUUGAAGGUUCCCCAGGUUGGCUGAUGCAAGGAACUAAUGGUCCGGUGCAGAUUACAUGCUACAUUGUGGCUUCAGUUGAUACCCAACAGCUCCUGCAAAAGAACAGAGACAUCAUUAAGCACCGGAAGGAAAAAUGAAGAUCAGAAUAUCAGUAAGCCUAGAGCGCGUUAUAAUUUUUUCCUUUUCCAUUGGGGAGGAAGUUUCGAAUGAUGGCCUUUGAUUGUAUGUCUGUGUCAGACAAAGGCUUCUAGGCAACCCAGUCGGCAGGAUUUGGGGGCAGAAACUCAGCAGAAUGAGCAGGAAGUUCCCCAAAUGCAGUGGGGCUAGAUUACCACAUUUCGAAGCAAUUGAAGCAGCACACAUUUAGCAUCUGAAGGGGUGGAGGGUGAGGUGCCCUGUAAGACAGUUAAGUCCAGAAUCUAAAAUUACCUAGCCAAACCACUGGUAUUGGAUCCUUGGGAGUGAGAUCCUUGGUCAUUUGGAAGAGCCCUUCAAGAGUUGUCUUAAUUAAUUUUCUAAAGUCAUUCAUGUUCCUUAGUUUUUCCCAUCACAGAAGCCAAAAGGAAUCACUUUUCUUUCUUUCUUUCUUUUUUAAAGCACCUGUCAGUGUGGCCUUGAUACACAGCCUUCUUUUGAAAGAAUGGCACAAGUCAUGGCCAGCUGGAAUGAGGAGAGGGAUUUUGCCAGCUCCCCUGCUGUGAUCUUAACUCUCCUGCCUUUCCUGAGCUUUAGCGAAACAGAUGAAGAUAAGAUCCCGACGCCAACAUGGGGAAACAGAACAGCAAGUUACGCCCCGAAGUCAUGCAGGAUUUGCUAGAAAGCACAGAUUUUACAGAACAUGAAAUCCAGGAAUGGUACAAAGGCUUUCUGAGAGACUGUCCAAGUGGACAUUUGUCCAUGGAGGAGUUUAAGAAAAUCUAUGGGAAUUUCUUCCCUUACGGGGACGCUUCUAAAUUUGCCGAACACGUCUUCCGCACGUUUGAUGCGAACGGUGACGGAACAAUAGACUUCAGAGAAUUUAUCAUUGCCUUGAGCGUAACAUCCCGAGGGAAACUGGAGCAGAAGCUGAAGUGGGCAUUCAGCAUGUAUGACCUGGAUGGAAACGGCUACAUCAGCAAGGCGGAGAUGUUGGAAAUAGUUCAGGCAAUCUACAAGAUGGUUUCUUCGGUUAUGAAGAUGCCAGAAGACGAAUCGACACCCGAGAAAAGAACAGAGAAAAUCUUCCGCCAGAUGGACACCAACCGGGACGGAAAACUUUCUCUGGAAGAGUUUAUUCGAGGAGCCAAGAGUGACCCAUCUAUCGUCCGUCUCCUUCAGUGUGACCCCAGCAGUGCUGGGCAGUUCUAAAACAGUUGCUUGGAUUAUUUCGUGUCUCUGGGUUUUUUUUUU